UGUAGUGGAGUGGUAGUGUAGUGGUAGUGGAGUGGUAGUGUAAUGUAGUGUAGUGGAGAAAGUUGUGGGUCUGUCUCUUUAAGGUUUCAGCGCUGGAAAGGGAGGAAAAAAAUCCGGACUGAAGUCCACCUCUGAUUUAUUGUUGCUCCGAGUAGCCAAUCAUAGAUUUCGACGCCAGAGCCUAAAUAAGAGCGGCGGAAUAAUUUGGCGGUAUAAAAAGGCUUUUGGGCGAAUUGAAGCAUGACAUCUCGCGCUACCUGUCCGGUGUGCAUGGCGCACGGUGUUCCUGUUACUGCUGCCACACAGAAAACACAACCGCGCGCGCACUCCUCUCUGAGACCUGACCUGGCUGAUCAUGCAUUUAGCGCAGGUUCUGAUUUCGCUGGGCUUCGUGGUGGCGUUCGGUCCGAUGGCGCGCACUGACACCGGAGCACCGGAGCAGCAGCAGCAGCAGCAGCAACCUACCGCCGUGACGGAGGAGCGCGAGGCGCAGUGUUCAGCGGCCAGCGCGUGCGCUUUCCGCCAGCACAGCAAGCAGCUCCGUCUGCAAGCCAUCAAGUCCCAGAUUCUGAGCAAACUGCGCCUCAAACAAGCUCCCAACGUGAGCCGCGAUGUGGUCAAGCAGCUGCUGCCGAAAGCGCCACCGGUGCAGCAGCUGCUCGACCUGUACGACGUGCUCGGGGACGACGGCAAGCCGGGCACAGCGCUCCAGGACGAGGAGGAGGACGACGAGGAGCACGCCACCACCGAGACCGUCAUGAGCAUGGCCGCCGAGCCCAACCCCGACGUUCAAGUCGACCAAAAACCGAAGUGCUGUUUUUUCUCCUUCAGCCCGAAGAUCCAAGCGAGCCGCAUCGUAAGGGCGCAGCUCUGGGUGCACUUGCGCCCGGCGGAUGAGGCGACAACGGUGUUCUUGCAGAUAUCGCGACUCAUGCCCAUCAAAGACGGGAGAAGGCACGUACGAAUACGUUCGCUGAAGAUCGACGUGGACGCAGGAGUCAGUUCGUGGCAGAGCAUCGACGUGAAGCAGGUGCUUGCGGUGUGGCUGAGGCAGCCGGAAACCAACUGGGGGAUUGAGAUCAACGCGUUCGACUCCAAAAGCAACGAUCUCGCGAUCACUUCUGCGGAGCCUGGAGAAGAGGGACUGCUCCCGUUCUUGGAGGUGAAAAUUUCUGAAGUUCCAAAGCGAACCAGGAGAGAAUCAGGACUAGACUGUGAUGAGAAUUCGUCCGAGUCCCGCUGCUGCCGCUACCCCCUUACGGUGGACUUUGAAGACUUCGGCUGGGACUGGAUUAUUGCCCCAAAACGCUACAAGGCCAACUACUGCUCGGGCGAGUGCGACUACGUGCACUUGCAGAAGUACCCGCAUACACACUUGGUGAACAAGGCCAACCCACGUGGCACUGCCGGCCCCUGCUGCACGCCCACCAAGAUGUCUCCCAUCAACAUGCUCUACUUCAACGGAAAAGAGCAGAUCAUCUACGGCAAGAUCCCCUCCAUGGUAGUGGAUCGCUGUGGCUGCUCGUGAUCGACAUGCCCAUGCGAGGACUCGAUCCGUUCCCUUUCCCGACCGUUUCCCCUCUGGACUUCUUCAUGACACCUUUCAACCAUUAUCCAUGCUAAUACUGUGCAAUAUGCAAUAGAACCAGAAUAGCAGCAAGCAAGGAGCCAUCCACACAGCACCGCUUCCUCUCACUGACUUCUUAUUCGUUUACGCUAUAUCCGCAUCUUGGGGUCAGAGGUCACAUGGAUGUAUUGAAGGAAUGUAAUGCCGGUUCGACUUGGAGAAAUGGACGACAAAUAUCUUUUAUACAUUGCCCGUAGUACAAACACACACACACACGUAUCAUUAAAAAAAACAAACAAACAUGCUCAACAAUAUCCAUUUAGUUCUGUUCUCACUCCAAACAGCUGUCUAACGAUCACCGAGGUUGUUUAAGUAAAGUAUCCAAGAGCAACAGAGAGGGACUCGAGGACACUUUUUUUGAAAAUAAUAAUAAUAAUAAUAAAAAAGCUUGAAAACCUGUCUAAAGAUUUUAGGCAACCUGAAACAAGUCUUCGUUUUACAAUAAACACAACACACCAGUUAAUUGUAUCUCAUUUCACUAGUCAACUGCUUGAACCUGCCCUAUACACUUGAACUAUUAUUAUAAUUUUAUAUAUAUAUAUAUAUAUAUAUAUAUAUAUAUAUAUAUAUAUAUAUAUAUAUAUAUAUAUAUAUAUAUAUAUAUAUAUAUAUAAGCAUUACUGGACAGGAGGACUUGAACCAGAGGCACUUUGAAUGCAGUCUACAUGUUGAAAUGUGUUAAAGACAGAGUUAUUGUCAGUAAGUAUGUGUGAAUGUUAAUACCACAUCACUUACUCUCUGUCUUCAAACCACAGUUUGCACUAUGGCAGACCAAUAGAAAGAAUUGGUUGCUAAAAAUUAUUAUUAAAAAAAAUAAAUAAAAAUUUUUUAAAAAAUUUAAAAAAAAAAGUUGUAAAAACUGAUUUUGAUAUGAUAUAUGUUUGCUAAUUGCAUUGUAUACAUGCCAUUUCUUUCCUUUAACAGACACCUUUUUUAACCUCUGUUAUAGUUCUAUGUAUAAGACGACAAAAAAAGUGUACAAUAUCAAAUCUAUGUAGCUGUUCAUACAAAUAAAUGUGCUUGCUUUA